GACAACUCGGCUCCAGGCGGGUAAGAGAGUACCGUGGGAAGAGCUAAGACUUCUCAAUGGACAAGAACUCGGCUGGAAUUGUUUACCAGGACGUUAAAGGAACUUACGAGACGCUUCAGAAAAUUGUGAACACUUUGCUCCUGAAUACAGUCUACUUAGACUUCACGUUUUUGCUGUCGGAACUUUUCAACUGCUGUUUCUCUGGCCGCUCGUGUUUUCCUGGCUGAUUUCCUGUCGCGAAAAAAAAGGAGAAAGGGGACUUCUGUUUGGAUCCAACCACUAUCCGAGCCAUUUUUUCGCGUGUAUGUGGAUAAUUUGGGCAUAAACGCAGCUGCCAAAAAUGAAAUAAAUCACUCAACGCGAUGGGUAUCAAUCUCAACGCGAUUUUAAACGAAGGAACAAACAAAGAAGCCUUCCGUUGCAUUGAAGGCUGAAGAGAAAUGGAGGAUGGAGCUGAAAUCCAAGCGAAUGGGCUACAAGCUAAAAUACCAUGUUUCUGGUUAAUGUAAAAAGAAAACUUUUGGAGGAUUCAUGAGAUUUAUCGCUUUUCACUGGGGUUACUUUGCUGUCCCGUGGGGAAAAUGAAAGCUCAUCUGCUCCAGUUUGUGACUUUGCUGCUCGGCGUUGGCGGCUGCAGGGCGGACGCGUCCGCUUGUAAAUCGUCCGACGAGCACUCGAAAAGCACCGGGAAAAGCCUGGCGUCCGACAGAAAGGUGGUCUGCAGUAACAUGGAGCUCCGCCAGGUGCUACCGGCCGACUCCUUCCCAAAUCGGACUGUAACACUAAUCCUUAGCAACAAUAAAAUUCAAGAACUCAAGAACGGCUCGUUUGUCGGAUUGUCUACGUUGGAAAAAUUGGACCUACGGAAUAACCUGAUCAGCCGAAUAGAACCGGGCGCCUUCCUCGGAUUGCCGGCUCUCAAAAGACUGGAUUUGGCCAACAACAGCAUAGGCUGCCUCAACGUAGACAUCUUUCGAGGCCUCAAGAGUCUCAUUCGACUAAAUCUGUCAGGGAAUCUUUUCUCUUCGCUGGCUCAAGGGACCUUUGACAGUCUGGUGUCGUUGAAGUAUCUCGACUUCCAGACGCCGUACCUGUUGUGCGACUGCAAUCUGUUGUGGUUGCUGCACUGGCUUCGUGACAGGAACGUGGCUGCCAAGAGCACCAAGUGCUCGUAUCCGCAGUUGCUGCAGGGCCAGCUGGUCACUGCCAUCAGGCCGGAGCUUCUCACGUGUGAUGCUCCGCUGGAGCUGCCCUCCUUCCAGUUGACCCCAUCUCAGCGGCAAGUUGUCUUUCAAGGGGACAGCCUGCCCUUCCAGUGUCAGGCUUCCUUCGUGGCUGAGGACAUGCAGGUCCUAUGGUACCAGAACGGGCGCAUGGUGACACCAGACGCUGCCCAAGGCAUCUACAUUGAGAAACAUAUGGUUCAAAACUGCUCGCUAAUUGCGAGUGCAUUGACUAUAUCAAACAUCCAACCUGGUUUUACCGGCAACUGGGAGUGCAGGGUCAGAACAAGCAGAGGAAACACCACCAGAACAGUCCACAUUGUAGUGUUGGAGAGUUCCGCCAAAUACUGCGCUCCUGAACGGGUCACCAACAACAAGGGAGAGUUCCGGUGGCCGCGCACCUUGGCGGGAAUCCGAGCCUUCCUACCUUGCAACAGAUUGCAGUCGAGCGCGGGAAGCUACAUGGGAGGCUCCGGCGAGGAACAGCGAGCUUGGCGGGACUGUAAUCGAAACGGGCUGUGGGCGGAAGACAAUUAUUCCCGUUGCCAGUUCCAGAAAGACGUCACCCGAUUCCUCUACGUUAUCAACCAGAUGCCUCUGAACGAAAGUAACGUGGUGCCAAGGGCGCGUCGCCUUCUGGUCUACACGAUCGACGCCGCCAACUUCUCAGACAAGAUGGAUAUCAUCUUUGUCGCAGAGAUGAUUGAAAAGUUCGCAAAGUUUGUGGACAAGAAUAAAGAUCUCGGUGAAGUGAUGGUAAGCAUGGCUAGCAAUCUGAUGCUAGCCGACGAGCGGGUGCUGUGGACCGCGCAGCGCGACGCCACGGCGUGCUCUCGCAUCAUCGCCUGCCUUCAAAAGAUCGCCGCCCACCGUUUGGCAUCAGCGCAGGCCUUCUCCCUGACGUCCCCCAAUAUAGCACUGGAGGCCCACUUGGUCAAGGCUAGCGACUGGAACGGCACGACCUGCAUGCUGUUCCAAAGACCAAGUCCAGAGAGGACCCCCGGGCAAGACCGUCAGCUCACCUUUAAAUGUAAUACUACCGGAUCCUUCUCCAGUGUCUUACUGAAGAGCACCACAGUUGAGGCAUCCCUGCAGCUUCCGCAGUCACUCUUUACCCAGGCAACGCUGCUUCCAGGUCAAGGGGACGACACGGUCUACAAGCUCCACUUGCUGGGCUUCCGCAACGGGAAGUUUUUCCCAUCUACAGGCAACUCCUCCCAACUGGCCGACAGUGGAAAGCGGAGGAACGUGGCCACUCCAGUGAUCAUGGCGAAGAUAGAUGGCAUUUCCGUACGGAUGUUGCGGACUCCCGUCAAUAUCACCCUGCGGCGCUUCGCUCGCGGAUCCGACGCCGUGUCCGCCUGCUGGAACGUCAGCCUGGAGGGCGGCCAGGGGGGCUGGCGGAGCGAGGGCUGCCGAAUCCUGGGCCACCACGACAACUUCACAACUAUUUCCUGCAACUCUUUAGGAAACUAUGGACUCCUCAUGGACCUCAGCACUGUGGACUAUUUCAUUCCAAGUAUUCAGCCACUGCAUCCGGUCAUCUACGCCACUGCCAUUGUGCUCCUCUUCUGCCUGUCGACCAUCAUUGUCAGUUACAUCUACCACCACAAGUCGGUGCGCGUCAGCCGCAAGUGUUGGCAUAUGCUGGUCAACCUCUGCUUCCACAUCUCGCUCACGUGCGCCGUGUUUGUGGGCGGGAUCAAUCAGACGCGCUAUGCUAAUGUGUGCCAAGCGGUUGGCAUUUUACUUCACUACUCCACGCUCGCAACCGCCCUCUGGGUGGGCGUGACAGCACGCAAUAUUUACAAGCAAGUGACGCGCAAAGCUAAGCGUUACGAGGAGCCGGACGAGCCGCCGCCACCUCCGCGUCCAAUGCUGAGGUUCUACUUAAUUGGCGGAGGAAUUCCCACCAUUGUGUGUGGCAUCACGGCAGCAGCUAACAUCAAGAACUACGGCAGUCAAAUCAACGCACCAUACUGCUGGAUGGCGUGGGAACCGAGCAUCGGUGCUUUUUACGGUCCGGCGGGUUUCAUCGUCUUUGUGGACUGCAUGUAUUUCCUCAGCAUCCUACUCCAGCUACGGCGGCACCCCGAGCGCCGCUACGAGUUCAAGGAGUUGUCCGAGGAGCAGCGGCACCUGGCGGGCGAGUUGGCCGCGGAUGGCGUUCGCCACCCUCUCGCGCCCGGCGUCGUGUCGCGAGUCGCACCACUGGCGGCGCUAGAGAACGAACACACCUUUGGCGCUCAGCUAAUGGGGGCGGCGGUGGCAUUGGGGCUGUACGCCGGCCUUUGGGUGUUCGGAGCCACGGCCGUCUCGCAGGACCACCCUUUCGAUUUGGCCUUUACUUGCCUCUUCGGCGUGGCGGCGUUGGCCCUCGCCGCGUUCAUGGUGGCGCACCACUGCGUCAACAGGCAGGACAUGAGGCGAUUCUGGUCGCGAGCCUGUUGCUCCGGCAGACGCGACUACUCCGCGCAGGAGGACGCUCUCCUGCCGCAGCCCGGCGCCCUAGCGGCAGGCUCGGCGAAAACGGACGCAGAAUCCAACAAGGGCGCCCGCAGCAGCAGCGCCGACUCCUCCUACACCAACAAGAGCGCGCCCAGCGUGCGCAACUCUGCGCACGGGAGCAAGCUAACCAAUCUGCACGCGGAGGCCGCUCAGUGCAAACCUUCCUCCGCCUCCGCUCCGGCGAUGGCCAUUUUAGACAACAGCUUGACGGAGCAUUCAGUGGACAAUGAAAUCAAAAUGCACGUAGCACCGGUGGAGGUGCAGUUCCGCCCCACGGACAACAACCCCACCGCCAACCGGCCCCACAAGAACCGAUCCCGCGCUCACCGGGCCAGCCGCCUGACGGUGCUGCGGGAGUACGCCUACGACGUACCCACCAGCUUGGACGGUAGCGUUCAGAGCGCCCCCAGCCGGCGGCACCACUAUUACGACGUGGCGGCGCGCAACAGCCGCCGCGCCGCCUACAUGGCAUACAGAGAGCGCCAUCGGAGUCAGCUGCAGCAAGACAGCAGCGACAGCGCCAGCCUACCGCGACGCCCUCGCAAGGCGGGUGCGGCGCCGGAAGCGACAGCCACCGGAUCCAAAGACUCCGCCAAGCCAUUCGGAGGCGUCGAACUAGAAACCAAAUGUUACGGACUCAACCUUAUCACGCAAAAUGGCGGCGCGGUCAAAGAAAACGGACAAGCGCUUCCGCUAAUAAGUGCGGACGAGAGCGCCCCCUGUAUUAAAACUGGGAUGUGGAAACAUGAAACUACCGUGUAGCGACACUUUCCAUCCUGAAGAUACUCGUUCAGCGGUCGGCAACCUUCAUUGAUCAAAGUGCCAUUUUUGUAUAGCCGAUUCAUGUAUUUUGUAAAAAUGCCUGCAUUUGAUUGGUUGAAAAUUGUCUUUUAUCUUCAUUCUACUGGGAUAAAGCUGUCAUUUGUCCCGUCAAAGAGUCGUAGGUUGCCAACCCGUGCACUCGUUAACGUGAAAUUUGAAAAAAUAUUAUCAAUUAACAAUUCAUGGCAUGUUUGUACCACUGAUCUGCUUUCUAUAAAUGUUCUAUUUUUAUAAGAGAUGUCGUUGCCACUCUGUUCAGAAUAUCUCUAAUAAUAAAUUGAU